AGAGCCACGGUAGUGGGAAGAAGCUGCCGUCGUCGUGGUUGUUGCUGUUGUUGCUGCUGGCUCUCUCGUAGGGUUAGCAGCCCCGAUAAAUACGGGUCUGAAUGGCCGGGGAGCCCGUCACUCUUCCGAUCGGCUUCGCGCGACGCCGCGUCAUGCGUGCAUCGCCGUCGUCGUGUGUUAGAAUCGACACCGCGUCGUCGUCGUCGUCGUCGUCGUCGUCAGUCGGGCGACUCCGAUCACUUGGACUCGCGCCGUCCGCGCGAGUGGUUGGUUAGCACCUCGAUCCGUGCGGCGAGUCUUGACAAACGGUGUCCGACGGAAAGGGAGUGAGAGAGAGCGAGCGGGUACCUCUAGUCUGAUCUGUUCGAGGUGCGUGCGUGGUCGGACUGUCGAUUACGUCUGUGAUUUCCUGGUGCGCCAAGGAAAGAGGAGAAAGUUCAUUACACACGCUUGCUCACCUAACCACUGGACUUGGCCGAGGCUGGCCGAGAGAAACGUGUGCUGGCUGCUCGACCGCUGGACGACGAUCAUCACCAGGGAGGUACCGCACGUGCGAGCCCGACCGACAUAGAACGCCGGCCGACCCCGCUAGGAACGCCAGACGGCUUGAAAACAUCCGCGUGCAGAUAAUCCGCGUCGCCGCCGGGCGGUAUCCGUCGGUAUAUUUUUGUUUACGUCAGUCGGGCCACUCAUCCCCGUCGGGGCUCCCAUGCGACCGUCGGCUGAUCGCGCGCGGUGCGGGGAGCGAAGGAAAUCAGGCCGAGAGACACAAAUCGUGUCACGGUGCGACUCGGGCUGACGCUUGGUCGGAUAUAAAGUGAGAGAGAGAGAGAGAAAGAGAGAGAGAAAUAGGUACUAGCGUCUGGAUAUAUUGGGUCGUUUCCCUGUGUUGUCUCCCUUCAAGUGUCCUGUCAGAUGGUGGAGCGCAAGCAUCAUCGGGGCACCAUGGAAGACAGCGUACAGCAACAAGGGGCGACCUCGAGCGCCGUCCUCGAGGAGAUCUUCUACGUGACGUCGAAGCGGAACACGUACUACAGGGUGAAGCUUACGGAGAAGGGCCUGAGCCUGCAGAAGGAGCACAACGGAAUCGCCAAGAUCGAGACAAUCGCCCUGGGCGACAUAAUCGGCUGUAGGUGCAUGCGAUCGAAGCGCGGGAACGCGGGGAGCUGCGCGUGCCGGCCGGGCGCGUCCAAGUCGCAGCUGAAGCUGGUGGAGUCGGCCGAGCUCUAUCAGCAGCAGCAGCAGCAGCAGCAGCAACAACAGCUGCAGUACGACGAGCAUGACAUGUCCGCGUACCUCUACAUAUACGCGUACACCCUGAAGAAGUCGCGGAUGAAGCGCGAGGCGCUGAGGCGCGAGCGGACGACCAUUACCCUGCGCUUCCGCAGCUUCGACAGGUACGAGGACAAUCUGCGCGAGGCGAGCAGGUGGCGACUGGCGAUCAAAUGCCUGAUCACCAACGUGCCGGUACCGAGGAACAUGAUGAGCCCCAGCCACGGCAACCUGGAGACGCUGAUCGGGGCGUGUCCGGGUGAGAAUCGGAAGCUGCUGGUGCUGCUGAACCCGAAAUCGGGUCCCGGCAGGGGUAGAGAGACCUUCCAGAAAAGAAUCCAUCCAAUCUUGUCGGAAGCGGAGAGACCUUAUGAAAUUCACAUUACCAAGUGUCCCAAUUACGCUCGGGAAUUCGUACGUACGAGGGAUAUCUAUCAAUGGAGCGGCCUGCUGAUGGUCGGUGGCGACGGAAUUGUUUUCGAGGUGGUCAACGGUCUUUUCCAGCGGCCCGAUUGGGAGAGAGCCCUGCGCGAAUUGCCACUCGGAGUAAUACCGUGCGGCUCCGGCAAUGGCUUAGCAAAGUCUAUCGCCUACGCGAAGAAAGAACCAUACGACCGCAAUCCUUUGCUUAUCAGCGCGUUAUCGGCGGUCAAGUGCAAAAGGACAUUGAUGGACAUCGUGCGUGUAGAAACUAGGAAUCGGAUCCUUUACUCGUUCCUGUCAGUGGGAUGGGGUCUGCUCGCCGACAUUGACAUCGAAAGUGAACGUUUGCGCGCCAUCGGGGGCCAAAGAUUUACCGUAUGGAGCGUAGCGCGCCUAAUAGGAUUGAGAACGUAUAAGGGCAAAGUGUCUUAUUUGCCGUGCAACAAGGAAAAUAUGGAAAACGGCAAUGUAUAUCACAAGGAUUACGUCGCGGAGAACAUACUGUCGCACUCGAGAAGUUAUGGCGACGAAUUGGACAGGUGUUACGUCGAACCUGAGUCAGAACCAAAAGGCUUCUACAAUACGUUCGGUGAAUCAUCUAACAAUUUAAAUGGUUGUGACGAUAAUGAUGUGAUAACUGAGAAUCUGGCUCUCGAGACGGAAAACAUGAAGAGGCACAGACUUGACAGCUUUUACUCCGCAACGUCGGCAAAAUCGACUUAUUUCAGCACGGGUUCGGCUUCGAGUUAUCACAGUAUCGAUGACAAUAAUAGCGCGGAGAUUGGUGCGGAAAACAUCUGUAACAAUCAAGUGAUGUACGGACCGUCGUCCACACUUCCGGCGCUAACAACGCAACUCUCAAAUUGCUGGACAACGGUUCAAGGAGAAUUUGUGAUGGUACAUGCAGCCUAUCAAACGCACUUAGGUCAGGAUUAUUUUUUUGCACCACGUGCUGCAUUAGCAGAUGACAUUAUUUGGCUUUUAAUAGUUAAAGCCGGCAUUACACGUGCCAACUUACUGCAAUUUUUAUUAGGUCUGAGUAGCGGGACUCAUGUAACUUGCUCUGGCGUUGAUAUGAUACCUGUGAAGGCAUUCCGGAUAGAACCUAUGGAAGGACAAAAUGGACAUAUAACUGUAGACGGCGAGGAAGUUGAUUACGGGCCAUUGCAAGCUGAGAUAUUCUCUUCUCUAGCAUCGGUGAUGACGCCCUGACAUAAACGAUAGUUAUGUAUAUUUAAUGGUAAUAUCAACAAAAUCAAAUCUUGGGAUAUAAUUCGACGGGCGAUUUGUUCUAUAGGCUUAGCUUAGAAUAAAUUAGUUACGAUAGUAAAACACCAAACUGUUAAUAUGUAUUAAUAUCUGUAAAGGUAUUUCGGUAUUGUAAAGUUUAAAUUGACAAUCUAUAUAGGCUGUUUAAAUCUCAAUCUGUUACCUUGCGAUGCGCUCACUCGAGAGAAGAGUUCUUUUUUUCUCUUUAUAGUGAAGAUAUAUAUAUAUAUAUAUAUAUAUAUAUAUAUAUAUAUGCAUAAAAUUAUUUAUUAACCUAGAUUUGUGGGUUAAAUCUGUUGCAUCUUAAUAGAUACAUUUAGCUAUUUUGUAAAGUUUUCUAUCAGUUUGUACAGUGUAUCUAUAUAUGCAAUAUAAUGAUAUUAUUUGUGCUCACUAUUGUAAAAUAUAAUAUUAUGCAUAAGAUACUAUAUUUUGUUACCAUGUAAAAUAAAUUAAUGAAUUUUUUUUACAUGUACAGAUAUUUUGCGAGUUGAUACUAACCAAAUGCAUCAGAAAAUUGUAAAUUUUAUUAUCACAUUUUAAUACGUUUGCGUCUUACAUUUCUAAUGCAUAGUACAAGUUGCAUUGUUUACGAUUUGAUAUGUAUGCUGCAUAAGUGAAAUAGUAUUUUAAUGAUAAGUAACAUGCCGCAGCAAUUGGUACAACUACAUAUCAACUGUUUUAUUACUUUCAUUUCCAUGUAAAAGAUGAACGAUACAUGACGGAAAUUACAAACUGUGAAAUUACAAUGAAAUUUAUUACGUAUUGAUGAUAUGUAUUAUCACACUUAAAAUACUAAAUUGCAAGUUACUAGUUAUCAGUUUUCUAAUUAAAUUUCCCCUUUAAUUAAAGUCGUUUUCUAUGCGAUUAUUGUUAUAUUUAAUAAACGGAAUUGAAAGUAAAAGAAA